CACAAUUUGCUUCCAGAGAUGAACGUGUUCCAGAGACCGUCAUUGCUCAUGUAGUCAGAUUUUAUUCCACGUUUUCUUCUUUCAAGUCACUUGGUCUUUUAUAGGGGGAAAACACGCUGAGACGAACUCAAGGUAAGAAGACGCGCUCUUGGACAGUGCGUGACUUUUCCGCACAAGUUUGGAGACCGGACUGCGCUUUAACUUCAACCACACCGAGGCGAUUAUUAAGAGGACGUGAAGAUGAACGACACGGGCAUAUCGUGUAAAAACAACCAAACAGACAACUUGACUGACCCGUCAUGUCUGAGCCAAUCUCCCUCAUCCUACAGCCACAUCGACAUCACCACUUUCAUGCACAUAUUCCCUUCCAUUUACGGCAUCCUGUGCUCAGUUGGAGUUAUAGCCAAUGGACUGGUCAUCUACGCGGUGGCAGCGUGCAAGAAGAAAAUGGUAUCAGACAUCUACGUGCUGAACUUGGCAAUAGCAGACAUGCUGUUCUUGCUUGUGAUGCCCUUCAACAUUCACCAGCUGGUCAGAGACAGACAGUGGGUCUUCGGAAACUUUAUGUGUAAAGCAGUUGUGGUGGUGGAUGUGAGCAACCAGUUCACCACAGUGGGAAUUGUUACUGUGUUGUGCAUUGAUCGGUACAUAGCUAUCGUCCACCCCACCUCGGAGAAGAGGACCAUCCACUGGACCAUCAUGAUCAACAUGCUUGUGUGGCUGGGCAGCUUCCUCCUCACCGUCCCGGUCAUGAUGUAUGCCAAGGUUGAUCGCCCUCAGCAUCUGGAGGUCUGCAUGAUGUACCUGGACGGGCCUGAGGACAUGUACUGGUACACUUUCUACCAGUCAAUCCUGGGCUACAUCAUCCCUCUUAUCAUCAUCAGCACCUUCUACUCGCUCACCCUCUACCACGUUUUCAGCUCCAUCCGCCGGGUGAAACGUAAGCAGUCCGUUUGGGCAAAAAGAGCCACCAAGAUGGUCCUGAUGGUAAUCGCGGUGUUCCUGAUCUGCUGGUCGCCCUACCACGUCAUUCAGGUGAUCAACCUGAGCAACAAUACACCAACUAUUGCCUUUGUCUACGCCUACCACAUCAGCAUCUGCCUAAGCUACUCCCACAGCUGCAUCAACCCGCUCAUGCUGCUCAUCUUCGCACAGAACUACCGUGAGCGUCUCUGCCGCAGAAACGUGCUGCACAGCUCCCAGCACUCGUCCAAGCUCACGGUGGUCAAAACCGACGGUUCCAGUACAACCAACGACCCCAACUACCGCUGUACUGUUGUCUAAUCGGAAAGAUGUGUCAUUUUGUAGAUACACAUGUAAAUGUUUUGCCGCUCACCUCAAAAGGCAGCAGCUUGUCAAAUGGUUUUGCCCGUGAAGUAAUAUUUCCCAACUUUUUCACAGUCGGAAAUUGAUCCCACACAAAAAAACUGGGCAUAAAGCAUAAGCAGCCAUAUCAACCAUGACUCAAAGAAGUAAAACACAGGUCAUGUCAAAGGUUUUCAAAAGAAAAUGCAAAGAAAAAGAAACAGAUCUUUGGCUCAGAAGAAAGCAAGCACGCUAAAAAAGGAAAGUGACUGUCUCUGAGUCAAAGCUAGAGGGAAUUUCAGCAAUGACUUCAAGGAUGCAAAGACAAGAAGGGACGCUGAGAAGCGACUCAGACACGGCUCUCGUUUUCCUCUGGACAGGGACCUUUCAUUAACCUUCAUCGAUUACAGGCUACAUCCAGUGUCAUGCUGGUCAGUGACAACACUGAUGGGCAGCUUUUGAGAUGUGGCACUGGCAAACAUAAACACUUUCAAAUCUGAAAUAUUGUGAAACUCACCAGUCUUUCACUAGUAGAGUAUUAGCCAGCUCCCUGAGGGCACAUGAUGAAAUUUAAUUCCACCUAAUAACUGUAAAGGUUGUUGUGACGUCGUCAGUCUAGUUAAAAUAAUUAUCGGAGCCACUUUCUAAUAAGGAACCACCUGAGGGGCUUAUAAACUGUAAUAAAUCACUUUAUUAUGGUUAAUAAACAAUGUAGUUAUUCAUUAUAGGUCAGCUAUGAGCAAUUAAUAAUAAUAAAUUAGGGCAUUUUAAAUAGUUUACAAUAUAAUUGGCAGUUGUUUAUCCUCUCUAUUUUGUAAUAAUGUUAUAAUUUUGGUAAGUAUGCAGUCGCAGUUAUAAAUGGUGUAAAGGGUCAUUAAGUUUGGUUUUAAAAGUUUAAUCUGCCUUUGUAAGUGUGAAUAAAUUGUCGAUAAAUUGAUUUUGGUCCAGAUCGUCUGUCAAACAGCUGAGGUAUAAUCUUCACAACCUGGCAACCCAAAAUGUAUUCUUAUUAUUAUCAAAUCAUUACAUAUAAUUAUGUUAACCAUGAAUAAAGCCAUUAAUUACAACUCACUUAUUAGAAAGUGUUACCCAGUUAUCUGACAUGUAAUUGUUAAAUAGUUGAGUUGGGAAAGAAAAGAAAGCAUUUGUGAAACCAGUGGCAGUUUCUUGCUGGUCAAACAUGAGAAGUUUUGUGAGUCUCAUGACAAAAGUGUGUUUCUAAUAUAACUACACAUUGCUGACUGUUGCCAGUGUAAGUACUGUAAGUCAUGAGUAUUUGGUGAUGACUGACACGUUCUUCACCUAAUGAUGGAGCCGAACAGUUAGCACACUGUUUGAUGAAGCAUGUUUACAGUAUUUAAAGAGAAACACUGGUUGCUGAUUAUGAACAAUAGAAGUCUGUUAUUUUGCUAUUUCUGGACUGAGCAGAAUGACCUGAAUCUAUUCGUUGUAGGCUCUAAUUGCUGGUAAAUGCAGUGUAAAACACCAGUGACUGCCUUAUGCUAAUGUCUCACCAACAUAAAGACAAGCAAGAGUCUGUCAGAUUGUCGGCCUACAGCGGUGCAGUUGAUCCUAGUGGAUGUUUUACAAUCUUUAUGGUCACAAAUAUAUCACCCCACGCAUCAACAGUGCAGUCAACGAAACAGAGGAUGAAUAAACACAACAAUGGACAACUACAUACUGAUAGCUUUGUUACUUGGGAGGAAAGUUGGUGAAACUGAUAAUAAAACUCAUACUAUAUAUUGAUAUUAUAUAUUGAGCUAGAUGGUGUAGAUUUUUGAAGAAAUCUGUGGUGGUCUUCUACUGUUUUUCUAUUUAAUGUACAAUCUUCAGAUUGUUGUUGCUUGUCUGUUAUUUUCAAUGCGAGACUCAUCUGUAUUCACUCAAACUGUUCAGGAGCUGCUUUCAAAUGCAAUUUUUGUGGUAAGGAGCACUCAGAAGACAAAUACAGCGAUAUUGCAGACAACAAACAAUGUGAAGGACAGUGCUUUCGCUUUGAUAUCAUGUCAUUUGUCUGACUGAACAUUUGCAUAAUGAAAAUGCUGAAGAGGCAGAUUUACAGGAAAAUUAUAUUUGCAUUAUCUUUUGUCACCAUGGUUAUUAAGUAUGUUUACAAUGAUACUGGAGCACUAAAUGUGAUAUACUGUGUGUCCUGUACAUGAAUCACAUGUCCGUACACUCAAGCAGCUGUGCAUCACACUGUUAUAUAGUUCUUCUCCGUGCUGUGUGCAAAGAUUGUAGGCAUUGUUUUACUUUAUUCGAGGCUGGAAAACCAGUAGGGCAAAGAGGACAACUGGGCCCCGGGGCCGUAGAAAUCAGUCUGUGCUAAUUUGAUAAUUAGCAAAUCUGUUGGGUAAUAUUCUCGACUAAUCCACAAUAUAAACUGAACUGCUAAGGGCUUUUAAGUCACAGGGUAUAUUUUUACUUGAUCAUGAGGCCCCUGUUUUUUUUGUCUGUGCUGGAAAAACAAACCAGUUUUAUGAUCUGACAGCUGUCUGGUUUAGUUUUGGUUUGAUUUAGGCACAAAAACAACUUUGACAAAAUGGCAAAUUUUCUUGACUCACCGCUCCACUCCGACCUCCUCCAUCAGCCAAAUUUACGGCCGUUUAACAAAGUCGCACUACUUCAUACUUUGCUGCCAAUGAGAAAGAGCCAUGAUUCCAAUAGCUGCCAGAGCGCUCUCUCACCUGAACAUAAACACAUGUUGUUUUGGGGAAUUUUCUGAAAUGACAGAUGCUAUAAUUUUUCUUUUUCACAGGUUGAGUGGUAAUCACCGUUACGCUUACACAAUGAAUAUUCCUAAAUAAAGUUGAGUGUAAUCAAAUUUCAAUCAGUUUAUUUUUGCCCUGGGGCCGGACAGAUGGUUAAUCCAGCCUGGACUUUCAUAUGGUCUUUCUCGGUGUUUGAUAUUGUUGAGUAGUUAUCAUCCUUUUUUUGACAUUUUCAUUGUUACUGUGUCAACUGGCCAAUGAAAUCCUUAAAAGCGUAUGUGGUUGUUGUAGUCUGCGGUAUAACUUACUUGCCAUAACUUAUAAUAAACAGAUAUAUGAGUUAUAUCUGAACACUGUAAAUAUUCAGACUGAUAUUGUACUGCAUAAGUGUAUACUUCCAAUUGCUUCCCAGUGAUUGUCGAUGGAGAAACUACAGCCUGUGCUUUGAUAAUCACUAAUUUAACAAGUGUCACACCAGAGACUACUCUCGUUUGUGUUUAAUUCAUCACUGCUGUUAUUUGUUUCACUUUAACAUCUGUAAAGAAUACCCAGAUGAGAUUCAGGCUUUUAAAUCAGUGAUUGCUGCAGUGGUAAUAUUGGAGAUGCAUCUUUGAUUGCCCUCACCCACGUCAAACAAAAACAAUUGACUUUGCUACUUAAGCUGUUUCUCGUAAGCUCUUAAGUUAAUAAUGAGUGCAGCAGGCUGCUUGGGGAUGCCAAGUGAACCAGUAUAAAAAUAAUAAGUACUGUCAUUUAUGGUGUGGAAGUCUAUUUGCCUCAUGUUUGUCUGGUGCGGGCGGGUUGACAGCAGAAAGAGUUUCAGAGUCGAUGUCUUUGAGGAUUUUCAGUCAUCCAGCACAUGGUUAUUCAAGAAAAGUCAAAUCGAGGGCAACUGUAGACACCUGAGGACGUUUCACCUCUCAUCCAAGAGGCUGAGCUGAACUGAAUUGAAGGAGCCUCUUGGAUGAGCGGUGAUAGUCCAGUUACCCACAAUUCAACUCCUAUUGGCGUUCCAGAGUCACAAACAAUCCACUUAAGUUACCUUGGAUGAGACGUCACCCUCAACCUUGGGUUUUUGGUUUUUGUUUGAUUCUCAUGUUAACAACUGCAGAUUCAGGCUGUAGAGGAUUAUAGAAACUGAAUUAAAGACCCUCUGAAGUA